CUUUGAGGUUAUAUUUUUGUUAACAGUUCAUCCCACCUGUGUCUGUCAGUUCCUUCCCACUCGUCUCCUCCCAUGACAUUCUGGCUCGUGUUUCUGCCUAGCACUGUAAGCCAGUUAUUAAUAAUAGCCCAGGGAGCACCAUAUCCACCAAGAGCAUAUGGUGUUUUUGAAAGGAAGAGCAGCCAUUCCCGUGACUUUGGACUUGGCCCGUUGAAGCCCUGAACAGAACCAAGGUUGCUAGGAGAACACCUGUGCCCACAGCACUUUGGUCCAGCAAGAUCAGGAGAGGAGAGUUGGAAACCAGGAAAGCUGUGCUACCUGCCGCCACCUGAGGCCCUCAGGGAACAGGAACAUCUGAGUAUGAGUGGAAAAAACUGGAUAUUAAUUUCUACAACUUCACCUCAAAGCCUGGAAGAUGAAAUUCUGGGACGACUUCUGAAAAUUCUAUUUGUUUUGUUUGUUGACUUAAUGUCCAUUAUGUAUGUUGUCAUAACCUCCUAAAAGCCUGACUUCCUUUACUGUGUCUAAAUUUCAAAGUGAAUUCCAGUGAAUAAAGAUCUGCAUUGUGA